UACUCCAUGCAAGUUCCACCAUAUAUGUGGUUCAUAUUAUAUUAGCCUUAAUAACCACAAUCCAAACUUCAUUUCAAUCCUCUAAAUCACCACCACCAUGUUCAAUCAAGCUUCUACCUCUACACAACAUCAACAAGACGACGAAGAUGACAACGACGAUAUACGUGAAAUUCAUGCUCUAUCACCACAUCCACAACCUCCACAACCACCAAUAAUAUCAUCUCAACAACCUCGACGUGGAGAAUUAGCAUGGGAAACAACUAGCCAUCGAUCAUCAAAUCUUUCGGUAGCUAGUACCGAAUUCACUACUAUGAGUAGAGAAUUUAAUGCCUUAGUAAUUGCGGGAAAUGAUAUUGAUGUUAAUGAACAUAAUGAGCCAAUUAUUAACUUGGAAAGGAUUAGAGAGGAAGAUCAAUUUCAAAGAGAUACUAAUCCAUUGGCUAUUGUGGCUGAUAAUAACCCGAUAAUGGCCUCUCCAACUAGACGUGGCAAUAUUGGUACAAAUAGUCAUAGCCAAAAUGAUGUGACGUCGAUGCAGCGUGUUAAGAAAGAGGAGGUGGAAUCGAAGAUAUCGGCAUGGCAGAAUGCUAAGAUUGCCAAGAUAAAUAAUCGGUUUAAGAGGGAUGAUGCAAUCAUCAAUGGAUGGGAGAGUGAGCAGGUUCAAAAGUCUACUUCUUGGAUGAAAAAAGUUGAGAGGAAACUGGAGGAAAAACGAGCAAAAGCAAUGGAGAAGAUGCAAAAUGAUGUGGCAAAAGCAAAAAGAAAAGCAGAAGAAAGACGAGCAACUGCUGAGGCCAAGAGAGGAACCAAAGUGGCCAGGGUCUUGGAAAUAGCCAACUUGAUGAGAGCCGUUGGUCGGGCUCCUACGAAACGCUCUUUUUUUUAGCCUCUUCAUCCCACACACGCCAAAAAAAAAAAAAAAAAAAAAAAAAAUUAGUCAUCGGUUUAAAUAACAUAUGCAUAUGCGUACUUAUAGUGUUCCAUUAUUUUUCGAUUGAAGGGCACCCAUAAGGACCAGGGGACAAUCUCAAAGUGUAGUACCCUAAAAAUACAAGCCUUGGAGGUGUAUUUAUGUGUGUUUGAUCAAUGCACGAUGAAGAAUACCGUAUUUGAGUGUGUUAGUAUCACUAGAAAGCUUGUGAUCGAGAGAACCUUUUGUACAGUGUUUUUGUUAAAAACUACUUUUUGAAGUAGUUGUCAUAUUGGCACGCUACUAGUCAAGUUGUGUUCGUGACAUUUGUGGUGUAAUUAUGCAGCUUGUAAAUGAAUAAUAUUAGUACUGUAUUAUUUAUGCUUUGUUGAACUUCUACUAA